AUGUUAGUUAUACUAUCACGUUUUAUUUUUUGCGUAAUGAAUCGAAAAUGAAUAUUUUUUUAAACCAUAAACUCACAUUUUCAAUUCAUCUCAAUUACCAGAAGUUAGUUUUUAGCGAGAGUUUGUAUGCAGCAUGCUAGUACUUGAUUAAAGAUUUUAAAGUCACAAACAUUUUUUCAAGAUGAUUUCCUUCACAAUAACUUUCAUGCAGAUCAGUUUCGCGUCAAUAUUCUUAAUAAAGUUUUCCAAUGCGUCUUCUUGGUCUCCUACUUGUAGUACAUCUGUGUCUGGUAAAAUUCCAAGAUUAAUACCUGAUCCAACUGACUGCAAGAGUAUGUUCAUUUGUUCGAAGGGGAAACCACUUCAGUACUUUUGUACAGCGGACAUGGUAUUUAAUGCUUCCCAGCAAGAGUGUGUUCAUCAAUCAGGUUGUAAAAGUACUGGUAAACACUCAGACUUUGAUGAGUGUCCAAAGAAGAAUGGAAGAUUUUCUGUUUAUUUUCCCCACCCAACUGAUUGCACUAUGUUUUAUCAAUGCGAUCAUGGCAUGGCUUAUCCUCACAACUGCAAAGGUGGACUGCAUUUUAACCCUAAAAAGAAUGUUUGUGACUGGCCACAAAAUGCGAAUUGCAAAGCACGUUUCAUUACUCCAAAACUGUGACAUUUACUUCAUUCUGUCAUCCAAAUCGACUGACUUCAUUCAGCAACGAGACAUCUUCCACGUGUAAUAUUUAUUUUGAUGCUAUUUUGUUUGAAAUACUCUGAUUCAUCUUCACUUCCUAUCUGAGGGUCGCUGUUAUGACAUUAUAAAUUAUGGCACUGUUAUUGAAUCAUAAAAUGAUGAUAAGUGUGAGAGAUUAAUCAUCUUAAUAUUCUCAUAUUAGUUAAAAAUGUUCUCGUAAAAUAGUCAUGUUGAUUCGAUUUUUUUUUCAAUAUGUAUUCGCGUUAAGUUUUCAUUAUUUUUAUUUAUUUAUUUUUAUUUUAUAACCUGUCGUUGAACAACCGACCCAAUUUUUUGGGUUUACGGCUACUAAUGUUCAACUAUUAUUUGUUGUUACAUCUGGUGUAUAAAUUCUUUCAACAUAAUGCAAAUUGCACCACUCUUGAUUGGUGAAGCGUUUGCUCAACAUUUUGUAGUGCUGUAAAACCGACCCUUUUUUUAAAAAAAAGUGGUCGAGAGUAGUCGCAAGUAAAGUAAUGAGUUUCUCUAUCUAUUCUUUAUCUAGACGAGAGAUUAUAAGCCGUACUUUUUAAUGAGCUCAUAUGUAUGUGUAACAAUAAACAAACAAAGAAAUAUGUGGUAUUAGAGUAUUUGCAACUUGAGAAGAAAAAUACGUGAUUAGACCCAACCAUAAGAUUAAAUUAUAUAGUAACGUUAACACUUGGCGGGUUAACGUCACAGUAAUUAGGCUUAGUUUAAUAUCACGCUGAAUUAAUUUUCAGAUCAGAUUUAAUUAGAUACCAGUAAGUGACGUCACAUGACGUGCCGAUCCUGAUUGGCUUCUGAAUCGUAACAUAAGCGAAUGUCACGAUUUAUCGGCGAUGACACCACUUGCAGGAAUCUGAUUCUGACAGAGCAUCAAUGAGCAAGUGGUCUCGCCGUUUCGCCUAGCCAAACGCUUUGUAGCGUGAAAAUUCCAAAAUAUAAAAUCAGGUAUAAAUAUGUAUAUUGAAGUUAGUUAUUAAUUAUUGUAGCAAUACGUUUUGUAUAAAUUUUUGCAUAUAUGUUUUGUAGUAUGGUCAUUCAAAAUUAUUUAUUUCAUAUUUCAUAAAUAAUGUACUAAUCAUGAAGUGAGCAUUACUUAUUAGUUGUAAUGUAAAGAUUCAUCUUUAACAAACAAAUAAAGCUUUUUUAAAAAAUUU